AUGGUCUACUGCGGGAAGCCUUCCAAAGGUUGCUCCGUCUGCCGUGGUCGGAAGAUUCGCUGCGACCAAAAGGAACCCUCGUGUACACAAUGCACCAAGAAGGGGAUGACAUGUCCUGGUUAUCGCAACAUUGUUGAUCUUAUGUUUCGAGAUGAAAGCUCCCAUGUCAUCAAGAAAGCAGAAAACAGGCGAGCCCAGCAUCUCGUUCCGAAUAAAAAGAGCUCUGCCGGCCAGGGACUCCCCUCUCCGUCUCCGUCUCCCUCGACACCAACUGAGCCGAUCGGCUCAUCGCCGACAUUCAUCAUUAAUCCAAGACCUGGCGGAGUCUUGGCGCCUGCUUCUAAAGUAGAGAAUUCUAACAAAGCAACGGAUAGACGUUCUAGAAAACGGGCCGCUCGUUGCCGCGCACCCGUGCUUUCAGCUUUGAACAACGAUUGGAGCCGUUCUUCCUCAGAGACUUCGGAAAGCCCACCUGAUGCCAAUGACGAUAGCAGGACUUCCGAGCUCGACGUCCCCUUAGACAGGGCUUUAUGCCCCGAGACACAGGACAAGGGGAUUUCCUUCUUCUUUUCUCGCUAUGUUACGGAUAAUGGAGGUUCCCACCAAAAUUACGUUUUCAUAUACGAUGUAUGGAAACCUCCGGACUCGGCCCAGACCCAAGUUGACCUGGUCUCUGUCAGUAUGGCAGCCGUUGGACUUGCGGCAUGCUCUCAAAGCAUCCAGUCCCCCGAACUUAUGACUCGCGCCCAAGAGAGUUACGCCAUCGCACUCGGAUUAACGCACCGGGCCCUCCGUGACCCGAUAGAAGUAGUGAAGGACACAACCAUGCUUGCCGUAUUGAUUCUUGGCACAUACGAAUUCGUUUCAGGCUAUAGCACUCAUACGAUGCGUGCUUGGCAAGAUCAUGUUAAUGGUGCUGCUGCUCUUGCUAGUAUCAGGGGUGUUGCUCAAUUUAGGACCAAAGCCGGGGCACGCAUGUUUCUCAUGCUUUGCCAAACAGUCCUAAUCAGCUGCAUUCAGAGUGGCCUCCCUAUGCCAGGGACGUUAAUAGAUAUUCGCCGUCAGAUUCCUCCCUCCGAAGAACUCAUGGGGCCCGACUUUUAUGUAGCAUAUCCCGUUUACAAAGCACUGCAGGUUCGGCACGAUAUCAAAUCAGGCAGACUUGAUAGUCUUGAUGACAUAGUCAACGCCAUAUCUGAUGUCCAGGAGGAAAUUUCUGCAACACUCUCCGGGCUGCCAGAGGACUGGAGAUACCAUCAUGUGCAGUUGACGCAGCCGGACCCACGAGUUUUGGGACAAACUUGUCACGUUUAUGCCGGACUUCUUCAAUCCACCACCUGGAACAUGGUGCGAGGGAUACGCAUGCUCCUGCUGGAAACAUUUGUUGAGAAAUUUUGUGCAAUCUUCGAGUCAUCCAGCAAUAUUACAAUAUCGGAGGCCCAUCUUCAGACUCUUGCCAUAUCUGUCAAACUCUUGAGCAUGCUAGGACGAUCGAUUGCUGCAAGUAUACCUCAGCACCUCGGAGUUGUUAGUAUACGGGAUAUACUUGAUCGGAAGGACCCAGCGCAUACGGUGUCGAUUGCUGCCAAGAAGCAAGCCUGCCGUGUCUUACCAACGCCUCCUGCCCAUGAUCCACGAUUUGGUACAGGGGACGAUGCUUCGAGCAGCGGCAGUAGCCCUGUAAUGUUUGACCCAACAAGAUCGACAGCCCAUACAGACGAUGCUGCUCGUUUUAUGAGCCUUGCUUCAACCAACAGCACCAUCAUUUGGCCGCUGUACAUGCUCGGCAUGUCAUCGGUCUGUUCCCCUGAGACGAAGCAGUACGCUGUAGAGGGCCUCAAUGCCAUACAUAGAGAAGCUGGCUUGGAACAGGCGCGCGUCGUUGCAGGACUGUUGCAGGAGCAGAAGGCUGGCCAUUCUAUCCACAACUCGUCGCUUCUCGGCAAGCUUCCAUCGGUAGCACCGAGCGCUCUGCCCUCGAUAGUCUAA